UAGGAACAAGGAACGAGACUAGAUCAUGAAGAUUUAUAUGUUUUGCGUUUUAUUAUUAAACUGUGAUUGCCUCUUUUCCAAUGGCCAAAGCAAUAAGUUGGAAACUGUCUUCAACAAAGCUGAAGGAAUUGUUGCCAAUCUUAAAACGCAGCUGGAAGAGCUAAAACAGAGCUUCAUUGAGUUGGCACCACAGAAAGAACAUUAUGAGGUGGUUAAUCCCUCCUCCUGUCUAGCUGCUGGAAUUAACACAAACGGCAUCCACGUUAUUGAAGUGCCUGGCCUGGAGCCCUUUUCGGUUUUCUGUGACACUCGACUGGCGGGAUCUGGAUGGACGGUCAUUCAGCGUCGCCAAGAUGGAAGUGAAAACUUCUACCGCAGUUGGGAGGAGUAUACCCAAGGAUUUGGCGAUCUCAACGAAGAAUUUUUUCUGGGCUUGGAGAAGCUACAUUUUCUUACUGCUGCCGAACCCUACGAGCUCUAUGUCUAUAUGAUGGAUUUUGAUGGGGAAAUUCACGACGCCCGAUACGAUGACUUUGCCAUUGGCAAUGCUUCUGAGUCCUAUGCUCUUUCGGUUUUGGGUAGGUACUCAGGAGAUGCUGGAGACUCCUUUAAGUACCACAAAGGCAAACCCUUCUCUACGUUUGAUCACGAUGUCUUGGGUCACGGAUGUGCCAGGAUGUACGUGGGCGCCUGGUGGUACGACCAGUGUCAGAGGAGUAACCUUAAUGGCCAAUACUUGGAGGGUGGCAGAUUUGAGCCCAAGCUCUCGGGACGCGGGAUCACCUGGAUGAGCUGGCGUGGCUACGAUUACGGAUACAAAUUCACACAAAUGAUGAUCAGACCCAAGUGUUCCAACAACCUACAAAGGCAACGCAUGCAAAAUGCCUUCAACGCUCAUUGAAUUCCACACGAAAUCGUUUUAUUUCUUGAUAAACACUAUCAACAU